GGCUGUGUGUGUGUGUGUAUGUGUGUGUGUGCGCGUGUGUGUGGAGGGUGUGCGUGUGUGUGAUGUGCGCGCAGGGGGUGUCCCUGGGAUUCCACGCCUGCUCAAGAGCUCCCUGCCGGGAUCCGCGUGUCCAUCCAAGUCUGCGCCACUGUGAGGGCGCUCGCGCAGGCAGGGGGUUCGGACGCCCCCAGCGCGUGGCGAGAGUUUGCUGGGAUUCCCCGGCUCCUCACGCAGCGGCUGGUGGGGUUCCCCGGGAAGGCGCCUGGGCAAGGCAGCGGCGGGGAAGCCCGGGAUUGUGAGUGGCUGGCAGGCCGGGAAUCUGGGAGAGGGUUUGGCCCAGCACAGCCGAGGGAGAUGCCGGAGAGGCCACCCUUGGCCGCCCAGCCUCUCUGCCUUUCUCCCUUGCCCUUCCUGCUUUCUUUUCUCAGCAGCAUCACAAAGGCGCGCCGCAAAAUGAAACCCAGUGUAGUGAAGCUCGGCUCUCUUCCACCUGGUGCAUAUUCUGACCCCCGUCCUCGCUCCAGGCUGGAGGAAUGGAGUGGGGGUCCCCAAGAUUAGGGGCGGGGGCUUACCCCGGGGGCACACCUGUUUUCAAUUCUCGCUGAAUUCAAGCUGGGUGCGGGAUCGCGAGAGCGGUUCCAACACGCCAGGGUGUGUGUGUCUGUGUGUGUGCGUGUGUGUGUGUGACCGCGCACGCGCGCACGCUCCCCAGGCCCACGCUCGCGGGGUGCGCUCAGUCAAUAGCACACCUCCCCGCCGGCCGGCGUGCGCCCAGCCCGCUCCGUGGGCUCCUCGCGCGCGCUCUGACAGCGUGCCGGGAUCUCUUUGUUUGGUUGUGGCUUCCCUAGCUCUCGGCAAAGCAGACGGAUUUUCGGUUUCGUUUGAUACAGCGCUCUGGGACUUAGUGCGGUCCACAGCCUCGAAUGCCCCUGGUUGGCAGCUUCACUCCCGAGGGUGCCGCGAGCCCACGCAGCGAGGACCCGGUACCCCUGGCGCAGCGAGGUGGGAUGCGGUGCGGACAGCAGCGCUAAGUGCCCCCCACGCCCGGCGCGGGGUGCACUCGCUCCUGGCCGCGGGCCGAGCGGCGGCGGCGGCGGCGGCGGAAGGGAUGAGCCCAGGACGCGCGAGACGCCUGCCUCAAGCUACCUCCCGGAGAGGGACGCCGAGCAGGGCUCAUCACAGGACCGCGUGGACCCCUACCCCCAGUGGCACGCGGCUGCUGAGCCUUGGAGUCUCAUCUCUGAUCAGGAUGCACUGGGCGCCUUCCAGCUGGUGAGGAUGCCCUGCUGCGCGGCCCUGCGCCCCCAGCCCCAGUCCCAGGUGGGCAAGACUGAGUGGGCCUGGCUUCGGCCCCUCGUGCCGGUGGAUGAAACGUGCCGGAGUGCUUGGGUGCCAUCAGCUAUCGAAUCUGAAUUGUAAGCGCCAUGGACGAAGGCACUGGACUACAGCCCGGGCCAGGAGAGCAGCUGGAGGCGCCGGCUACCGCAGGAGCUGUCCAAGAGAGGUGCGAGCCAGAGACCUUCAGGUCUAAGAGUUUACCGGUCCUCAGCAGCGCCUCCUGCCGGCCGAGCCUCAGUCCCACUAGUGGAGACGCCAAGCCGGCCUUUGGCUGUGCGGGUUCUUCUGGCCACGAGGACUUGAAGCAAGGCCCGAACCAGUUGGCCCCCAGUCCCUCUGCGCCGUCCACUUCGGCGGGGCUCGGGGACUGUAACCACAGGGUGGACCUCAGCAAAACUUUCUCGGUGUCCUCCGCCCUGGCCACGCUCCAGGAGAGAAGGUGCCUCUACGUGGUCCUCACGGAUUCCCGUUGCUUCUUGGUGUGCAUGUGCUUUCUGACCUUCAUCCAGGCGUUGAUGGUCUCUGGGUACUUGAGCAGCGUAAUUACCACCAUUGAAAGGCGCUACAGUCUGAAGAGUUCCGAGUCAGGGCUGCUGGUCAGCUGCUUCGACAUCGGGAACCUGGUGGUGGUGGUGUUCGUCAGCUACUUCGGCGGCCGGGGUCGGCGGCCCCUGUGGCUGGCCGUGGGUGGACUCCUCAUCGCUUUCGGGGCAGCCCUCUUCGCCUUACCUCACUUCAUCUCGCCCCCCUACCAGAUCCAAGAGUUGAACGCCUCGGCCCCCAACGACGGCCUGUGUCAGGGUGGCAACUCCACCGCCACUUUGGAGCCCCCGGCCUGUCCGAAGGACUCGGGAGGAAAUAAUCACUGGGUCUACGUGGCUUUAUUCAUUUGCGCACAGAUUCUCAUUGGAAUGGGCUCCACACCUAUUUAUACCCUGGGACCAACCUACUUAGAUGACAAUGUCAAGAAAGAGAACUCCUCUUUGUACCUAGCCAUCAUGUAUGUCAUGGGAGCACUUGGCCCUGCAGUGGGAUAUUUAUUAGGUGGACUUCUUAUUGGUUUUUAUGUUGAUCCCAGAAAUCCUGUUCACCUUGACCAGAAUGACCCUCGUUUCAUUGGAAACUGGUGGAGUGGAUUCCUCCUUUGUGCCAUUGCAAUGUUUCUUGUGAUAUUCCCAAUGUUUACUUUUCCAAAAAAGCUUCCACCUCGACACAAGAAAAAGAAAAAGAAAAAGUUUUCUGUUGAUGCUGUUAGUGAUGACGAUGUUCUGAAGGAGAAAUCAAACAACAGUGAACAAGUGGACAAAAAAGUUUCUUCUAUGGGAUUUGGAAAGGAUGUCAGAGACCUACCAAGAGCAGCUGUCAGGAUCUUAAGCAACAUGACAUUCCUUUUUGUGAGUUUGUCAUACACAGCUGAGAGUGCCAUUGUAACUGCUUUCAUUACCUUCAUUCCCAAGUUCAUCGAGUCACAGUUUGGUAUCCCAGCCUCCAAUGCCAGCAUCUACACUGGGGUUAUUAUCGUUCCCAGUGCUGGUGUUGGUAUUGUCCUCGGAGGCUACAUUAUCAAAAAAUUGAAACUUGGUGCCAGAGAAUCUGCAAAACUAGCAAUGAUCUGCAGUGGUGUGUCUUUACUGUGUUUUUCAACCCUAUUUAUUGUUGGAUGUGAAAGCAUUAAUCUAGGGGGCAUAAACAUCCCUUAUACAACAGGACCUUCUCUCACCAUGCCCCAUAGGAAUCUGACAGGAAGCUGCAACGUUAAUUGUGGCUGUAAAAUACAUGAGUAUGAGCCAGUCUGUGGAUCAGAUGGAAUUACAUACUUUAACCCUUGUCUGGCUGGCUGUGUUAAUAGUGGUAAUCUUAGCACUGGGAUACGGAAUUAUACAGAAUGCACCUGUGUCCAAAGUCGACAAGUGAUCACUCCGCCCACCGUGGGACAGCGCAGUCAGCUCCGUGUGGUUAUUGUCAAGACUUAUCUCAAUGAGAACGGCUAUGCUGUGUCUGGGAAAUGUAAACGGACCUGCAAUACUCUUAUCCCAUUCUUAGUUUUUCUUUUCAUAGUCACCUUCAUCACAGCUUGUGCCCAACCAUCGGCCAUCAUAGUAACACUUAGGUCCGUAGAAGAUGAGGAGAGACCUUUCGCGCUGGGAAUGCAGUUUGUUUUGUUGCGAACACUUGCAUACAUUCCUACUCCAAUCUACUUUGGAGCAGUCAUUGACACCACCUGCAUGCUCUGGCAACAGGAAUGUGGCGUGCAGGGUUCUUGCUGGGAGUACAACGUGACGUCGUUUCGUUUUGUGUAUUUUGGUUUGGCGGCCGGCCUCAAAUUCGUUGGCUUCAUUUUUAUUUUUCUGGCCUGGUACUCCAUAAAAUACAAGGAGGAUGGACUCCAGAGGCGGAGGUGGAGAGAAUUCCCCCUUAGCACCGUGAGUGAGAGAGUGGGCCACCCCGACAGUGCCCGGACUAGAUCUUGCCCAGCUUUCAGCACCCAGGGAGAAUUCCACGAAGAGACUGGUCUGCAAAAAGGGAUCCAGUGCGCAGCACAGACCUACCCGGGGCCCUUCCCAGAAGCAAUAAGUUCCUCUGCGGACCCGGGGCUGGAAGAGAGCCCAGCUGCCCUGGAGACGCCCUCCUGAAGCUUGAAAAUGGAAGAAUUUAGUUUUGUUGGUUGAGUUGAAAAUGGCGACUUGAGAAACAACCGUGCCUUCUUUUCUUUAUUUCUUUUUUUAACCUCUACAGACACAAUCCUCAAACCAACAAAACUCAGUAUACACAGCCGCUAUUCACUGAGGGCUGGAUACCUCAACAAGACUGAGAGCCUUUCCCCGCUUCUCUCCAAGAAGGAGACGUUCAGCUAGAUUUGUUCCCGUUUCCGUUGUGUUAAUUUAAAGCUCAUGCUCCCCUACGGUAUAGGCUGAGGUACACGGUUAACAAAAUCAUGGGAAGGGGAAUGGCGGUGCAUAUCAUUAACUAACACUCCAAACAAAGGUGAGCUUGCCCAGGACUUGGCAUUUCCAAAUCAAAGUUUUUAGAUAUGAACACCUACUGUGAGUUCUGCUACAAAGCACAAAUGACUUUGUCUCAACUAUGCAAUUUGAUUGGAAAAAUGUAUGUGCAGCAUGUUACGUUUACUUUCACAGAAUAAAGCAGAUAUGUUUCUGAAAAGGGGAAGCCGAACUUUCCAUCCAGUACUGUUAAUAGCAUUUUAAGCCAUAGCAGAGUUAUAAAUCAGGUAGAAUUUGUCAAAUGCUUCAAAGGAACUAUAGGCAUAGUGUGAUAGAAGGAACAGCUACUUCAGGUCAGAGGACACAUUCUCUUUUAGUCUGCCUGCCCCAUCCUAAGAUAAAGAGGCUGCUGAAUCAUAAAUCUGAUAGCUUAAAUAUCAACUCCAGUAUUCUUUCGUAAGGGGCUUUAAAACUAGUGUGCUAAACAAUAUGGCUAGAAACUGUAAUUUGAAAUGCAUAAUAAGAAAAGAAAAUGACAGCUUUCUCAUCCAGGAAAAUUGUUGCAGAAAUUUUCUUUAGCUCUACGGGUCCUCAAAGUCACUGGGAAAAGUCCCACCUGAGUAUUUUAGUUAUAUCUUGAAAGCACUGGCAAAUCUGUGUGGUUUUCUUUUUUUCUGGAUGGAAAAUUGCUGUAGUUGUUCCUGAAAAUGAGUACUUACAUCAGGAAAUCUGUGCCUGGGAUAUGAAAAUCACUUUGAAUACAGGAGGAGGGAGAUCUGUGUUCUGGAACAGAAUAUGAUCUUAAGUAAUUGUUGAAAAUUAUGUAAAAUAAACCAAUCCAUCCUACUGAACCCUACCUUAUCAGAGUUGGAAUCGUUUUACACUACCCUUUGGUUCCCUCUUACUGUAAGUUUCUGGCAGUGAUUCUGAGAGAAGAUUUUUCUGUUCCUAAGUGCACUUUGAGUUCAUUAUCCAUCAUUCUUUUCAGUACCUCCCAGCACAUCACUCUGAUGUAAGCAUCAUACAGAAUGCUUUCUACAUGGCUCUUAAGAUAGAUGCUUCCUGACGCCGCUAACGAAUUGAUAGCAAGUUAGCUCAUGGGUUCUGGUUGCAAGGGAGUGUAAGGGCCAAAUGCUGAUAUAAUUGUGAACUUUUUCUGCCAAGGAGCCUAUGGUCAUGGAGGGCUAAUUAGGGAAAUGUUUUUCUCUUCUGGUUUACCCUUAUCCCCAGAAGAGAUGUGAUUGACAGAGUGUUCCAUGACUCAGGCUUCUGCUCUCCAUCCUUGCUUGACUGCACAGGUGGAAUUGUGCAAAUACUCCUGGGCAUAAGGCUGUUUCCCUCUCUUCCUAGGAAUGACAUUGGUCAAGUUGUUCUCUUGGUUGCGUGCAGUUUGCGUUAACACUAUUAGACUGAACAAUGUCUACAAGGGGUGGAGCUAGUGGUCUCAGGGGCUAAGGACUUCCCUCUGGCUGUUGGGCUUGGCUCUUGGGGAAGUGAGGAUUCUUGCCUGGUUAAGACUGUAAUUGCACUGGUAAUUGUCAAACUCUGACCAAUGUGGCAUAUAUUGGAAGUAUUCAAAAAAUCUUGCUGAUUCAGAAAACCUUGCUGAUUGACCUAGUGUCUCCUCUGGGGCUUCACAGUUCCCCUUUACCCUCUGUGGGAGAACUUUGCUCCUUUAAAGGAGAAAGUUUCCUUUGGUGUGGGAGUUAAAUAUAUGUAGGUUGGAGAGGUGUGGUGUUUUCUUAAUUUUCCUCUGAUCAUUAAGAUACUGCAUUGAGAGAAUUUUGGUGGGAAUGGCACUUUUUCUGGUAGCUAAGAUUGCUGGACUCAGCACGGGGUAGUUAGAGAGCUCCCUUACUCCCUUUGCUGCCUUGAACAGUCAUCCAGUUCGGCGAUCACUGACCAGGUGCCAGGUAUCUUCAGGUGUCAUUUUACCUGACUGCCAUCUGCCACUCCAUAACAUCCUUUGGGAUGAUUAGGCUAGAACUCGAAGAAAUGUGCACCACAGUGUUAAUAUUGUACUUGCUCAAGUAUCUGCUCCUUGUUAAUAGCAGGUAUUUCAUUAAUGUGUUGUUGGUGAAUGUAGACUAAGUAGUAAAAAUCAUGAGAAAAUAAAGCUUUGGAAUAUGUACCAAUUAAGUGUUGUUCACAAAAUACUUGGGGCUAUGGUAGCAUCAUUGGAAUAUUACAUAGCCAUCUGAAGUGACUAUUUUGUAGAUGAUACCAUUUAAUUGUAUAUAUAGGGUCUUAUAUGUUUCUUAAUAAAUUACUCACAUUACUUUAUAGUCACAGCUCCUAUUAGAAGUUUUAAUGAAGACUCUCCAUGACCUUAGGCUUCGAAUUACUUGUUUUGGAAAAGGUCGUCUUGUUCCUUUAUAAACUGUAAAUUCAUAUAUUAUUUAGCUUUAAUAUGCAAAUACAAUAUCCUUGAGUUCAUCCUAUUAAUUUAGAAACUCCCAGGAGGUAAGAUGGGUGGUUGGGGCACAUUCUUUGGUUAUUUUCAUUAGCAUUAAGUCCUUAUUCUUUAUAGGCGGAUUUAAUUCUUGAAAAUAUUCAAAAGUAAUUCAGAAUCAAGGUGUUGGGGAUGGAGAGAAAGGAGGAACGGAGAGGAAACAAUUUAGCAUUUGUUGAGGGUUGACAAUUUGUAGAGCAUUUUGUCAAGCACUUAAUAUAUAUCAUCAUUCAUUUUGAUCCUCUUAAUUACCUUGCAAAGAUUUGAUUCGCUUUUCUUUUUUUUUUUUUUUUUUUUUUUGAGACAGAGUCUUGCUCUGUUACCCAGGCUGGAGUGCAGUGGCAUAAUCUCAGCUCACUGCAACUUCCGCCUCCUGGGUUCAAGUGAUUCUCCUGUUUCAGCCUCCUGAGGAACUGGGAUUACAGGUGUGUGCCACCAUACCCAGCUAUUUUUUUUCCUGUUUUUAGUAGAGAGAGAGUUUCACCAUGUUGGCCAGGCUGGUCUUGAACUCCUGACCUCAAGUGAUCCACCCGUCUCGGCCUCCCAAAGUGCUGGGAUUACAAGCAUAAGCCACAUGCCCGGCUGAUUUUAUUAUUUUUUAAAAAAUGUAAAAGAACUCAUUUAGGUUUGUACAGAAUGGCAAAGUCAGGAUUCAGACAUAGAUUUCUCUCACUCCAUUAUUCAUUUUUUACACUACACAAUGCAUACAAUAGCUUUUGGUUAACAAAGGCAAGGUGUGACUAUAAAAUCGUGAGGUUAAAGCAUUUCAAUUUUUUGAUAUUUUACCGUUUCUGAAGAGUAGAGAGGUUUUUUGGUGUAAAUAAAAAAAAAGCUGUGGAAACAUCUGUAGGAAAUAUCACGAUUUAAUGUUUAACUAGAUUUUCAAGGUAAAUUUACAUUUAUUUAGCUAAAUGUUAUAUUAAAGUUAUUUGUCAUAACAUACCUCAAAUAUUUAUUUAUAGUUUGUAUUUAAUACAGAACAAAUCCAGUCUUCGUGUUAACAUCAGGUCUCAGCAGAGUUCUGAAAUGAAACAUUAUGAAGAAAGGUAGUUCAGAUUUGUUGAAUCUGAGCUUUAGGGAUUUCAGGUGUAUGUUUUUUUUUUUUUAUUUUCCUUGUUCAGAAUAUUAACAUUUCCAUCAGUUUUUUGAUGAAUAUGAGUUUUAAGGUUCCUAAUAAGGGUUUUAAAUGAACACACACAAAAUACGUAUCAAACCACUGAUCCCGAUUGUUCCCUUUAGUCACUGUGACAUUGUUACCUUUAGUUGUAUGCAUUUGGAAAUGUCAGCCUUCAGAGAAGGGGGAGUUACCUGGAGUAAGGCCUCAUGGAUGUCAUGGCAGUCCUCCAUGUUCACCAACCACCAAGAAAAUUCUUCUUCGGUCCACAAUUCCAGCUUCGUUCUUUGGUGGACUUGGAGCCAGAAAGUUUCUUUUUGGCCCUGUUUUGUAGAAACCGUGCGUUUACCACGGAGAAGCUUUAGAGUUUGGAUGGAGCUGAAGCAUUGGUGGGAAUUCCCUAGUGCACCCAGGAGCAGGAGGCAAGCCCAAGCCUCGAAUGGUAGCCAAUUAUAUUUUGCGAUUGUGUAUGUACUUAAAACAUCAGAGAUGGCACAGCACAUGAAUAUAACGAUCGAUAUGUAGGUGCAUACUGAGUAUUCUAAGUAGCAGAUAGACGCCAAAAUACUGUAUAAUCCCAGAACUGCCUAAACUGCAGGUUUGCUAGUUCUCUGUCAUACAGACCAGUAGGUAGCCUUUGCACACAUUUGUGUUUUCUCUUCCACAGUAAGAGAGUGCCGUGGCUGGCAGGCACAGGUAGUUACCUCGUGCACUUUAUCGUUUUGUCUUUUUCUCUUCUUCAUCUUUAGGGAUGCUGCUGGCUGUAUCUGUCCCAAACUUCUUGUUGCAUUAGAAUCAGAUUCAGAUCUGUGUAUGUUUGAGGAGGUUUUAUUUUAAAGACUUCAUUUUUACGCAGCUCUAGGAAGGGUCAAAGAUGACAAAAACAAAAACAAAAACAAAAAACAAAAGAAACAAAACCCUCCCUAGGUGUUUGCUUUUGCAACAUUAAAAAAAAUGCUUUGGUGCUAAAAAGUGUUUAAUGAUGCAUGUUCACCAUUAAAAAGCGCCACUGAAUUCACAGCAUUUCACUGCUAGGGGGCUGCAUGUACUUUUUCUUUGGAAAUCUGAAGAAUUUUCCAGAAAACAAGCAUCCAUUACUCUUAUUUCAACAGUUACUCCAUGAACUCUAUGCUGCAAAAACGAAGUGUGUAAGGGGGAAUACUUUUCUAUGGAAUACUCAGUGCUUUUGAUAUUUAUUUUAGCAAGAAUAAUCAGCUGCUAAAAAUAAUUUCAGAGAGAGGUAGAAAAAAUAUUUCAGAUAAUCUUUUCUUAUUUCUUCUCCAAAAAGCUUACACCCAUGUAAGGUAUUUUUAACAUUGGGGUUUUGAAGGUGUUAUCUUUUCUGGUAUCCUAUCAUUACAUGUUAAAAUUGAAGGAGAAAAUAUUAUUGAAAACUAAAGUAAUUGCAGGAACACAUUAAACCAAAGGGGUGAAUAAAAGAGGUUUAAAGUUUCCAUCUAGAAAUGAAAAAUAAGAAUCAUUGGCAAGACUAGUACCAAUUACUGGCAAUUGGUAAUUGAUAAUUGGUAAGAGUAGUACCAAAUAAUGGGCAUUUUUCUUAAAAUACAUACCUCUACCCCAAACCCCAAAUGUUAAUUUAGAAUCGUGAAACAGGCAGGUCAGGCUCUGACUCUUUUGUUUAAGGAAAUGUAAUACUGUGUCAACUAAACUGGCAUUAGGUUCUUAGUGGAGCGUGUGUUCUCUGUGUGUGUGUGUGUGUUUUGUGUAGAAGUGUGUUUGUGAUGAAAGGCUGUUUUGCAUUGUUGCAUAAAGAAGUUUGAUUUUCAGAUUUUUAAAAUGAUAUUUAUUUGGAGACUUCUUAGGGUAAUUUAAAAGAUGUAUAAUUUCCACGUGUUUAAUGAAAUCUAUUGUCGAUGUACUAAUAAAUCUUGGUUUACAGCAUCUUGAAUACUUGAUUAUUGAAAAUUAAGAAAAAAGUUAAAAAUGAAUAAAGUGUGUUGGACUGAAA